ACUGCCCUUCUGACCAGCCACCGUCGUCACCGUUCCCGUCUUUUCGGCACCCGACCAAGACACAGCCCCCGCGGCUACCCCUUUUGGUUGAACCACACGACAGUUCCACGACAGCAUCACAACACUUGUCCUGCUGACAGGCAAGCAAGAUAUUAGUUUGGAUUACAAGAGUUGGGAAUAUCCACGACAUCACUUUACAACAUCUCUCGAACCGCAUAUCGCAUCAUCAUAAACCGCACAUGGCCGCCCGACCCCACGUGGAAGCGAGGUCUCUCUCGACACUCAACUCCCUCGCCGCCAACCCCCCGCAAUACCCUCACAGCGCCGAUGUCAAGGAGUCGUUGACCUUGUACAUAUCACGAGUCCCCGGGAGUCGAGAUGUCAUCCUUUCCCCCUUCCGUCCGCAGCGCAAGAACGUGACGGUAGAAGACAUUAACAAUGCCCUCUACCUGAUACACCUUGACCUGCCCACGGACGAGCUCCUAGUCGAAAAUACCCGCCCGAACGAGACAUCCACUGCCGCAUCGCCUCGAACUAGUGGUGAGAGCGCGAGGAGUGUGAUUCCCCGGAAACCGUUACCGCCUAGUGCCCGUGUUGAGAUUCCGACUCCGAGACAACCGCCCGCGACCGCCUCUGCGACUCAGAACGAGAACAAUGCGCCGAAGAAUACGGGGCCGGUACCGACCAGAUCGCCCUCUGUUAGACGUACAAGCUCUGUUAGACGUACAGGCUCUGUUAGACGCCCACAAGCCCCGGGUUUGGAGAGGGUUGAGCGGGCUGUAGCUGCUCAGGCGCCUGUUGCUGGGAAAGAUGGAUACACACCGAACCCGAUGUUCCAGCCCAGCCUAGUUUCUGAACCGCCUUCGAGACCGGCACUUCAGCUCCCUCCCCCGGCCGAGAACCUAGCAGCCAUGCGCCGCUCCUUUGGCCCACGACCACAGACCGCUUUGACAAUCCCCGAGGAGCCGGUCGUUAGCCCUGGGACCACCACCCCGACAAAUAACCGACCCAUCACACCUACUGAUCAGACACUUUACACUCCCACUUCCAACGUCCCCCGACCCGGCGAUGGGAUCCUCUCCCCCUCUACGGUCACCCGUGCUCGCGCCCCCAGCAACUCGAAACUAGCAGCAACAAUCCCUUUCACCCUCACACUCAUCCGGCGGGAUCCUUCGACCAACCUCCAGUGGAACGUGGGCAAGAUCUCUUCGUUUGAGACGAACAUACCUACUCCGGAGUCUGCGCAUCCGGAUCUUGGUGAGCCGCACGAUGCGUCAACCACUGAACAGCCGCCACCAAUUGCGACGCAGUUGAUCGAUGUCCACUUGGAGACCUCGGGGUAUGCAAAGUAUAGGGGGAUGCCCAGCCGCGCGAACAUUGAGGCUUUGCGGCCGACGUCCCCUCAGUCCUUUGCCCGGACGCUACAAGGCUUAGGGACGGGUUCGGGUAGUACAAGUGGGAAUGGAAGUCUGGGAAGUCUGGGCUCAAGUGGAAGUCCGCAAAAGCAGAUCAUGGGUGUAGCACACAGGGAAGUUGAGGAAGGGUUUCAUCGCCAGGUGGUAAUGGCCUACACCAAGUCCUGGACCUCCGGUUUCAAAGGCGCUUUCAAGCGACACUCCCGGUCAGGUUCCGCCUCUGCCACCGUCGGCGAUAUUUCGGGACAUGCUCGCCAUGGCAGCUCCUCAACAAUCGGCUCAGCCGACAUAUCGCCUAACGAACACCAAACCCCCCAAUCUCCCCCACCCAACCACAACCGCCAGGAGUCUAUGGGUGGUGGCCAACUUAUAACCCAACCAGGUCCCAACCUCCGCCCCAAAGGCUACGUCUUCCUCUCCCCCUGGCUAGGCCGCUGCGAAUUCCGCACCGGCUCCACCGGCCGCUCUCUCAAAUGUCGCCACAUCCUCGACGAGCACACGGGCGGUAUCACACAAAUCGACCCAGCCAAACUCGCCCAAUCCGUCCGCGACGCGCCCACCAUCGGCCAAUCCCGAGGCGACUCCCUCAGCUCCGCCAUAACCGGCGCCAAGCCCGUUUCCGAACUCCGCUUCAACUUACCCUCCGAACCACGCUCCCCUGGCGCCGGCGGCGAGAACAGUACUCAGACCGGAUCGAAGCGCCAUCGAUUCACCAAGUUCCUAGGUCUAGAACCGCCCAGUUCAGAGGAGGAUUACUUUGACGACGAAGAUAUCAUGGAUCUGGCACUGGGCAGAGAAGAUGCGGGUGGAGGAAGCAGGGGGAAGAGAGCGAAGCUCGGGAAGCUGAUUAUUCAUGAUGAGGGACUGAAGAUGCUGGAUUUGGUCGUGGCGGCUAAUAUGGGGGUUUGGUGGAAUACGUGGGAGAAGAGGUUUUGAGAGACCGAGGGGGAUCUGUC